AAGCUACUCAUUUGCAUACGCUCCCUAUAAAUACUAGGGUAGCUGUGCUAUCAGUAUGCUAUUGUUCUUGAGUUAUACUGCGAACGUAAACUGCUACCAUGCCAGAGCCGGCAAAAUCUGCCCCUGCCCCUAAAAAGGGUUCUAAGAAAGCUGUGACCAAGACUCAGAAGAAAGGGGAUAAGAAAAGGAGAAAGACUAGGAAGGAGAGUUACUCUAUCUACGUGUACAAGGUAUUGAAGCAAGUUCAUCCUGACACCGGUAUCUCCUCUAAGGCUAUGGGGAUCAUGAACUCCUUUGUAAACGACAUCUUCGAACGUAUCGCUGGGGAAGCGUCUCGUUUGGCGCAUUACAACAAGCGCUCGACCAUCACUUCCCGGGAGAUCCAGACCGCUGUGCGCCUGCUUUUGCCGGGGGAGCUGGCCAAACAUGCGGUGUCUGAGGGCACCAAGGCUGUCACAAAGUACACUAGUUCCAAGUAAACUUUCAGAUUUUUUUUCAGCUAUA